AUGGACCGGCAGACAGCCGCCAUCGACUCUUCGUCUCUGGGCUGUUUGUUUCCGACCUUGAGGCUUCACAGAGGUCCAGAUGCGGAUGCUCCGGGCAGGGGCUGCGAUGGCUGCGAAGGCUUCGCCCCGUACGACCUCCUCAUGUACCUCGGCGCAUGUCAGCGCUUGCAUGGACUUUCGGCCAACUCUAUUGCCGUUCUUGAGCGCGGCUUGGUUGCGAAGUGGCUAGUGCAGGAGCUGCUGAACUGGCGCCUGCUCUCGCGCCACACACGCAGCCCCAAGGCCUGCCGUCCGAUGGUGUCCGUUGCCUCCCUCCACGUCUUUCUUGGAGACCCCGGCUUGAAGCUGUCAAUGUGCCGCGAGGUCUUGAUAGACCACGUGGCCGAGAUGGGCCGCAUGGACAGGCUCGGAAAGGGUUGUGCGAAGUAG